AUAAAUUAAAUGAUUGAAAAAGAGAGCUGAAAUUACAUGACUACGCGGCGAGACUUGUGUCUGUAUCUCCGUCGAUUCUCCUCCGCAAGUAAACGACUGAAGUUGGGUUAUCGUCUUCUUCUGGCUAAUAAUCUCCGCCGCUUCUCUGCUCAUCACCAUGUUGCUGUGUACAGUGAAAUGAAUCCGAAGACAUAGUUUGUGGAUGCGUAGAUCCAUUGCGACUGGGUUUGCGUCGAUAGCCAAGGGGUUUCUUCUACAUAGGCAUCGUGUUCAGAUAGGUAACCAUAGAACUGCUCCUUCCGUAAGCCGUUGUGGUUUCUGUUUUUGGAUUCGAGCUUUCUCUGAUUACCGAAAGAUUUUGAGAAAUGGUCUUCAGUUUAACGAGGCUCUUGAUUUGUUCACUCAUAUGGUUCACUCUCGUCCUCUUCCUUCAAUUGUCGAUUUCUCUGUUUUAUUGAGGGUUAUUGCGAAGAUGAAGAGGUACGAUGUUGUGAUCUCUCUCUUCCAUCAAUUGCAAAUCCUGGGAAUCUCACCUGUUCUGUAUACCUGCAAUAUCGUGAUGAAUUGUGUUUGCCAAUCCUGUCAUCCUUUUCGUGCUUCUUCUUUUCUUGGGAAGAUGAUGAAACUUGGUAUUGAGCCUGACUUAGUCACGUUUACUUCUCUGCUCAAUGGAUACUGUCAAUGGAAUAGAAUUGAGGAUGCCAUAGCUUUGUUUGAUGAGAUUCUGGAUAUGGGAUAUAUCCCUAAUGUUGUGACAUACACCAUAUUGAUUCAGUGUCUUUGUAAAAACAGGCAUGUGAAUUACGCCCUGGAUCUUUUCAACCACAUGGAAACCAAUGGGAUUAUACCGAAUGUUAUUACCUACAACUCUCUCAUAAGCGGUCUUUGCGAGAUUGGUAGACGGAGCGGCGCUGCUUGGCUGUUGAGAGAUAUGAUGAAGAGGGAAGUUGAACCUAAUGUAAUCACUUUCACUGCAUUGAUCGAUGCGUUUGUGAAAGUAGGGAAGCUUUUGGAGGCUAAAAAACUUUACAAGAUGAUGAUCCGGUUGUGUAUAGAUCCUGAUGUUUUCACUUACAGUUCACUGAUUAACGGGCUUUGCAUGCAUGGUCGCUUAGAUGAGGCUAGACGAAUGUUUUAUUUGAUGAAAAGCAAUGGUUGCUACCCAAAUGAAGUGACUUAUACUACUCUCAUACAUGGAUUUUGCAAGUCUAAGAGGGUAGAGGACGGGACCAAAAUCUUCUAUGAGAUGUCCCAGAAAGGAUUAGUUGUGAAUGCAAUCACUUACACCGUUCUUAUCCAGGGUUAUUGUCAAGUGGGCAGACCUGAUGUUGCACAAAAAGUUUUCAAUCAGAUGGGUUCGUGUGGUGCGCCUCCUGAUAUUAGGACCUACAAUGUUUUGUUAGAUGGUCUAUGUUAUAACGGGAAUGUAGCGAAAGCAUUGGUGAUAUUCGAAUACAUGCGGAAGAGAGAGAUGGAUAUUAGUAUUGUUACAUAUAGUAUCAUUAUUCAUGGGAUGUGUAAGGUUGGUAAGGUGGAAGCUGCUUUUGAUUUAUUUUGUAGCCUUUUCUCCAAAGGAAUGAAGCCUAAUGUUGUAACCUACACCACAAUGAUAUUGGGAUUUUGUAGGCAAGGCUUAAUUCAUGAAGCUGAUGCGCUGUUUAAGAAAAUGAUAGAAGAUGGUUUUUUACCAAAUGAAAGCGUGAAUAAUUAGGUGCCACCGUAAGGUUACUUUGUUGACGGUGGAGUUGCAGUUUGGGGAGAGGUAACGCAGCUGCUCAAGAAAUAUGGGUGAACAUGGGAGGAAACAGCUAGAGAGGCCAGUGCCUCAAGAAUCUCACCUCUGCAACACAGGUGCAAUAAAGUGUUGCCAUACCUCGUCUGCUACAUACAUAGCUUCUGUAAUGACUUAUUUACUAGGUCUUGACAGGUAUUUGUUGUUGAA